AUGACCAGUUUGGCACUUUCGGAUUUUUUAAAAGCAGUAGCUGCACCACUUCGAAUAAUACUUACGCUGACUCGUUUUAUAGGGAACUAUGGAUGCAAGCUCUUAGUAUUUUUAAACACAAUUAGUACGACAGCUUCAGCAAUAACUCUAUUGUCUGUUUCUAUUGAUCGAUUUAUUAUUGUAAAAUGGCCAUUGCAUCAACGACCGCAUCGACUUAAUAUAAUUUAUAUAAUUGCGUUUAUAUGGUUAGCUGCCGGUUGUUUGGGAAGUGUUUAUUUAGUAAAAGAUCAUAUUACUUAUUACAGCAAAUAUUUUAUGUGUUCAUCAAAUAUGAAAAAGCAAAUAUCGGUUGGUUUAACAAUUGGAAUUUUUACAAUACAAACUUUAGUUCCCAUUACUUUAUUUACUAUAAUGUAUUUCCUGAUUAUAUUUGAGUUAAAAAAAACAGCCAAAAACAAAGCUUUACUAGAUUCUCAUAGAGUUAUUGCAAUUCGUUUACAACAAAACAGUAAAACUAUUAAAAUGGUGGUCUUUGCCGUGGUCAUAUUCUACGUAUGUAUAUUGCCGUCAAAUAUAUAUUACUUAUGGUACGAAUUUAACCAAAAUGCUUUAUUGAUUGAAACCGCUAGCACAAUAUACGAUAUUCUUAUAUUGCUAGAAAUUUGUAGUUCUAUUGGCAAUCCGGUGGUAAAACUGUUUUCUAUUGACAUUGUCGCAGAAAGAUCAUGUCAUUCUACCAAUAACUAUCAUGAAUGUUGUUCAUUAAAUGGUGGAAAGUUAUUACUAAAAGACAAUUUACGAAACAAAAAUGGGUUCUUAUAUGAGUUACAGUUGUCAUGUAAUGUGUGUAUGUUCUUCACAAACUUUGAUAUAUCUUCUUUAAGCCUUAAACCAAUUAUAACCUCUCUUGAAAAACCUGUUGCUACUGUAAAGUUAAAUGCUAUUGUGGCUCUUAGAGAAUUUGGAAAAUGUCAUAAAUCUUCGCGUACUUUUGCAUCAUUUAUAAAUAUGCCACCAAGUUUUGUCCAACGUCAAGUACUACUUGUGGCAGUCUGA